CUAUUAAAAGUUGUCAUGGAUACAGUUUUGUGUCCAAAAUGGCAUCCUUGCUGGAGGAGCAACUUUUUGACAUUUGCAGUCAAAGUCCACCUCCUUCAAAAGAUUUUUACCAACUUGUUAUUACUAAAAAUGAGGUAAUAUUGAGAUCAUGGAAGAUUUCUUUGCGGCUUGAAUCAAGAGGCGCUGCACCUACAGCCCUAAAGACACCCCAUCUGGAUUUCCUACACGACAAAAGCCUUCAGGGACAAGUUGGUGCGGUUUUUGGGAAGAGAAUCCUUGAAUAUGCUGUAUCACUUUGUCAUGGAAAGUUUGAUUACCUCGAGCGCUUACCUGAUGACGUAUUGCUCAGAAUCCUGUCCUACCUUGAGCUCAAAGAUACAACAUUGCUGGCACAAGCUUCACAUAGAUUCAGAAAGCUCUGCAAUUCUGAGAAGUUUUGGGAGCAGAUAGUGAGGAAUCGCUGCGCUGAGUUUACCAUCGACAAGGCGAACUUGGCAAAUGUCAUGGGCUGGAGAAAAUUAUUUUUUACCUGUUUUCACGGACGUGACAAAAUGGUGCAGUGAAGCAACAGAGCAGUUUUACUUAAAUAACUAAUAAAGCUGCUUUUACAAAGUGAA